CAAACAGCGCCCCCUCUGUUGUGACCCUGCACCUGCGAUAAGACAAAGUGAAGCUAAACGCAGGACGCGGAAGUGAUCCAGAUGUUCUUGGAAACAUCUGCACGUGCACUGAAGUCCUUGUGUUGGAAGUUUACUCCCCGUUAACCUGUGGAUUCGCGGUGAUUACUUCACGGAGUCUCGGAUUAUCGUGUUUCCUCUCCGCUGCAGAUGCUCCUAUCGUCUUCACUGAUCUUCGAGGGGCGGACCGCUGCUGUUUCGGAGCUGAACUUGGUUUAUAAUCAUUUACCUCAGGGUUCCACAUAGUGUGCAAAGGUUCUGCAGCGUUGUCACUGAGCCGCUGACACACCGUGUGAGAGAUGAGUUCAGCCUGGGAAAGUCUCCUCUCUACGUACCAAAGCCAACUGGACAAUGGAGACAAGCGCACAGACCCGUGGCUGCUGGUCUACUCCCCUGCUCCGGUGGCAAUCAUCUUCCUGCUCUACCUCAGCAUGGUGUGGGCGGGCCCUCGUCUGAUGAAACACAGGGAACCCUUUGACCUCAGAGUCGCUCUCAUAGUUUACAAUUUCGCCAUGGUCGGCCUGUCUGUCUACAUGUUCUACGAGUUCCUGGUCACGUCGUUACUUUCAAACUACAGCUACCUGUGUCAGCCUGUAGAUUACAGCAACAGCCCGCUGGCCAUGAGAAUGGCCAGAGUCUGCUGGUGGUUCUUCUUCUCCAAGGUCAUCGAGCUCAGUGACACGCUCUUCUUCAUCCUGAGGAAGAAGAACAAUCAGGUCACAUUCCUCCAUGUCUACCACCACGGCACCAUGAUCUUCAACUGGUGGUUGGGAGUCAAGUAUGUGGCCGGGGGACAGUCGUUCUUCAAUGCUAUGGGGAACAGCUUCGUUCACAUUGUCAUGUACUCGUACUACGGCCUGGCUGCCCUCGGCCCUCAUAUGCAGAAGUACCUGUGGUGGAAACGUUACCUCACGUCUCUGCAGCUGGUGCAGUUUGGGGUCUUCCUUGUGCACACGGGUCACAACCUGUUAGUUGAGUGCGACUUCCCCAACGCCAUGAACAUGCUUUUGUUCGGUUACUGCGUCACCCUCAUCAUCCUCUUCAGUAACUUCUAUUAUCAGAGCUACCUCAACAAGAAGAAGAAGAAAUAAGAAGCAGUGGUUUUCUGUGACUUACAGUACUUGCCAGCGUCCACUAGAGGGCACAACAAGCCUACAGAAUGAGGCUUUUUCUCAAUAUCAACAGUCUGAGCUCAUUCACAGAGGUUGUGUAUGUCUGUAUAAAAUACACUGUUCAGGUUUAUUAAGCUUCAUUCUCUUCUCUGCAUUAUUUAAAUGAUAAAAAAAGAGCCAUUGAGUGACCAAACAAUUUAUUAUAUCUUAAAUUGAGAAAUGACAAACAUUCAAAUGAUUGUUGUUAACAAACUGUACAUUUUAUACACAUACAAUGAAGGAGGUUGUUUUUUGAAUGAGCCCCUCACCUGGAAAUAAAUUCAAUAGCACAAAACACUUGACAACAAAAAGAGAAGAAGAAAAGCAAACACACUGCAAAUGAUAUAUUCGUUUCUACACUCCAGUCUGGAACAGAUCGAAAGAUGUAGAUCAGAGAGAAAACACAGGAGGAGAGAGAGAGAGGACGUAUUAUUUAAAGUCCGUUCAGGAGUUUUGUAUUUUCUGAAGUUGACAUCUUAAAGCUGAUGAAAUGUGUAAGUUCAGUCUGGUUGUACUGUGUACGUAAGCGUGUAUGUGUUUGCACCAAGGUGAACCGAGUCUCUGUACAUGAUGAGUUCUUGGUCAAU